AUCUUCCAUCCCACGCCCCUCCCUGGCCCCUCUCUCCCCCAUCCCCACCGUCACCAUGACACCCACCUUGGACGCAAGGCUGCUCCUGGUGCUGACCCUCGCCCUCGCCACCUCCCUGCUGUCUGUCUCCGCCACGGCCACACCCUUCCCCAGGGACCUGGAGCCAAUCAGCAUCGUCAGCAGGCAACGCACCCACCUGUACCCCGGCUUCCAGGGCCUCACGUCGGACAACGACACGGCGCGGCUCGGCCUGGACUUCCAGAGGAUGCUGCGCAUCAACCACAUCCUCUACAUCGCAGCCAGGGACCACGUGUUUGCCAUCAAUCUCAGUGCCUCUGAUGAACAGAUUAUCCCACAACAGAAGCUGACGUGGAAGACCAAGGACGUGGAGAAGUGCACCGUGCGGGGGAAGAACAGCGACGAGUGCUACAACUACAUCAAAGUGCUGGUUCCCCGCAACGACGAGACGCUGUUCGCCUGUGGGACCAACGCCUUCAACCCCACCUGCCGCAACUACAAGAUGUCCUCCCUGGAACAGGACGGGGAGGAGGUGCUGGGCCAGGCCCGCUGUCCCUUUGAGUCCCGCCAGUCCAACGUGGGCCUCUUCGCAGGGGGCAAUUUCUACUCAGCCACCAUGACGGACUUCUUAGCGAGCGACGCGGUGAUCUACCGCAGUUUGGGGGAGGGCAGUCCCGUCCUGCGCACCGUCAAGUACGACUCCAAGUGGCUGCGAGAGCCCCACUUUCUCCAUGCGAUAGAGUAUGGGAACUAUGUGUACUUCUUCCUGAGUGAGAUCGCUGUGGAGUACACCACCCUCGGGAAGGUGGUCUUCUCCCGGGUGGCCCGGGUCUGUAAGAACGACAACGGCGGCUCACCCCGGGUUCUGGAGCGCUACUGGACCUCCUUCCUGAAGGCCCGGCUCAACUGCUCAGUACCGGGCGACUCCUUCUUCUACUUCGACGUGCUGCAGUCGCUGACCAACGUCCUUCAGAUCAACGGCCGGCCCGCCGUGGUGGGCGUGUUCACCACCCAGGCCAACAGCAUCACCGGCUCGGCAGUCUGCGCCUUUUACAUGGACGACAUCGAGAGGGUCUUCAACGGGAAGUUCAAGGAGCAGAAGAGCAGCGAGUCGGCGUGGACGCCUGUGCCCGAGGACCAGGUGCCCAAGCCCAGACCAGGCUCCUGUGCCGGCGAUGGCCCCGCCUCCUCCUACAAGUCCUCCACCAACUUCCCAGACGAAACCCUGACCUUCAUCAAGUCAUACCCGCUGAUGGACGAGGCGGUGCCCUCCAUCAACGACCGGCCCUGCUUCACACGCACCACCAGCAGGUAUAAGCUGACCCAAAUAGCUGUGGACACCUCUGCCGGGCCACACAAGAACCACACAAUGCUGUUCCUGGGCUCAGAGGAUGGCAGGGUACUGAAGGUUCUGGCCAGCACCCAUCCCAACGCGACCUUUGAACCCCAGCUCCUGGAGGACAUUGAUGUCUACAACCCUUCCAAGUGCAGUGUCCACGGUGAGCAGAAGAGGAUUCUGGGAUUGGAACUAGACAAGGAGCACCACGCCCUGUUCGUGGCCUUCUCCAGUUGUGUCAUUCGUGUCCCCCUCAGCCGCUGUGCAGACUACGGCACCUGCAAGAGGAGCUGCCUGUCCUCCCGCGACCCCUACUGCAUCUGGCUGAAGACAGGAAGCUGUGCCACCGCCGCACCCGGGUUCAAGGCCGGGUUUGAGCAGGACAUCGAGGGUGGGCACACAGAGGACACAGACGGCUGUCACGAUGUGCUGGUGACGACACGGGGGCAGAAUGCCGCUGCCGAUUCAGCUUACGGUGUUCGACGGCCUCCAGACGCUGACAAGUCCAGCUACAGCGUACACUACACACUGCUGAUCGCCUGCGUGCUGGUGGCCUUUGUCCUGGGCGCCUUCCUCUCCGGGUUCCUGGUCUCCUGCUACUGCAGCCACAGCGGCCACAAGACCAAGAGGCUGGGCAAGGACCCCGAGACGCCCCUCCCCCAUGCCCUGUCCCUGCGUAGCCUAGCCAAGCUCAACGGCCUGCUGGAUGGCCAGGCCAAGGAGGAGAAGCUGGAGGUGCCCUCCCCAAAGCUCUACAACUCCUUCAUCCCCAACGGGAAGGAGCACCCUCCCAGCGGGAAGUGCCGGUCUGGGGGGGGUGCUGACCACGCCCACCACCACCAUCACCACCACCACCACCACCACUCUGACGAGCUGACGGGCUUGCCCACCCCCGACUCCACCCCCGAGCUGCCAAUCAAGAGCAUGAAGGCCUUCAGGAACCAAUGGGAGAAGAACCAGAACUGCAACAAUGCCAAGGACUCCAAGCCCCCCGGCAUGGGCAGCUCGCGGUCCAGCUCAGCCAUCUCCCAACAGAUGUUCCCCUUCUCCCACGGCCUGUCCAACGGGCAGCCACUAGGGGGCGCCUUCCACCUGGAGGAGAGGAAGAUCCCCAACGGCGAGCGGGUGGUGCCACAGCCCUACCACUGCUACCCCCACACUGUGGUGGACGUCUCCGCCCUGGACGAGCUCCUGAAGCACAUCCACGAGACCAACGCGGCUGGCGGCAAGGAUCUGACGGUGCUGACAUCCGCCCCGCUGCCUGCCGGCGCCCAACCCGCCUUCGCCAACCGGGUCCAGCCGCAGAUCCCCGACACAGAGUCUGCCCCCUACUACAGCUCCUCCACCCUGCCGCGGGACAGCCUGACCCGCCGCAUGGACGUCCCCCCAGACGCGCCCCCACCGGCCCAAUCCGAGGGCCCCGCCCGCCACCCGUCCCAGAGGCACUCCCUGAUCACCGUCCCCAAGAUGGCCAACAGAGGCCUGGUCCCCCGGCAGCACAGUUUCGGCCAGCGGAGCGGCCACCAGCCGCCCACCCUGCUGACACGGAUGAACUCGUCGGGCGGCUCCAGCGAGGCCCACCACCCGCUCAUCCCCAGCGGAUACCUGACCCGCCAGCACAGCUACAGCGAGCAGCCGCCCGCGCACCGGGUCGCCAUCGUCCGCCGGAGCGCCUCCCUCAAGCCCGAGGUGCCCCCCAAGCCCCUCUUCCUCCCGGCCACCUCUCCCGUCAACCCCCAGGGCAAGUUCAACUACUGAGGUGAGGGUAGGGGGGCAGGGACAGGGGCGAGACUGGGGACACCCUCCACUAAAACCCUCUAAAGAGCCGAACAGGACGGGGGCUACGGGGAGGGGGGGGUGGAAUGUCCAGGGAAUGACCGAUGAGGUUCACCUUUCGGCCUCCACCAAACCCGAUUCCCCUCCCGGCAAGCGUCUCUGUACCACAUUGGUAUCACUUUGCCACUGGCUCCGAGGAAGCCGGUGGACUUGGUGGGGGUUGGGGAGGGGUUUAUCCUGACCUAGAGGUCACCGGUAGGUCACCCGCCACCUUCAGUUAGGCUCUUGGUCACGAUCGAAAUCCAUUGGAGGUGAAUAUUGCACGUUGUGCAUUGUGGGGCCGGACAGGGACCACGAAGAGCAUUCGCUCAGCGCUAAGCUAACAUGUCAGACCAGAGUCAACGGCCACUGCUGACUCAGCCUCCAGUGUGCAUCUCUAUAUGCAUGUGUGUAUGUGUACAUGUGUUUAUAUAUAUAUACACAUUGGAUAUGUAUAUAUACAUACACAGUGCAGGAAGUGGAUCCAGUGGACUCCCUGUAGGCAGCCCUUUCUUCGCCUUAUCCUCUUCCUCAGAGAGACGUUUGGCGUAUGUACGUCGUAUGUACGUUGUAUGUAUGUUUCUCACCUUGACCAAACAGGUUGCACUCCCUCCAUACACCUAUGGUAAGGUGAGAUGCACGGCAAUGAUCUCUUUCUGACUGUCAAGAAGAGGCCAGCUGCCGAGUUUUGCUUCAUGGGGAAUACAGGAACUCCCCACAGGCCACGCAGGCAAAAAGAUUUCCUCUGCAACUCACAGGUAAAGAAAACUAUCUCUGCAAACUGGAGGAGAACAGGACCAGGAGGAGUGCUUCAACCAAAAAUGACAGCAUUGGCAUUUGGGAAAAUAGGAAGUCUUGCUUUGGUGAGCAUCAUAAGAACAGGCCCAGACUCAUAGUCUAAGGCCCUUCCUUAGAUUCAUUUAAGGAGAUUUUUUAUGCUUGUAAAGCAAGGACUACUAUCCCAUGGGCACUUCAGAAGGGUCAGUAAUCCAGUCAAUGCAAGAACAGGGGCAUAUGUCAAAAUGAGAGCUUAAACGUGAAGAUGUACCGCAAAACAUGACAUUAAUCCCUGACAACAUGAGAUUUAUUUUCUAAAAAAAGAGGACCUAAAUACCAGGUUAAAAAGCAUAACGCUUCAUUUUCGGGGUUGCCCUUGGUUUUAAUGUAGAGAAGACAGCUAUUGUUACAGUGACCAUAAUUACUAUUAACUUUGUGCAUAUAGGUGUAAAUAAAGGACUGUGGAAUAAUAACUAGCCAAAAUUUUAAUUGUAUGUGUAAAUUUGUGCCUUAUUUAAUAUAACGUGCUAUGGAUGAUGUUAUGGGAAAAGGAGGCUGUAUUAGAUCUUUCAUUUUGUUUCUCUUUUUUUGUAUUUUUUAUUUUGUUGUCAAUAUGUGUCUACCAUUUUUAAUCUCCUAGCAUUUUUUGACACCCCGAAUCACAGGUCAGUAUUACUAUGUGUGUGGUUGUUGUGAUCGACCAGGCAUCUUAAGGCUGCAAGUAAAGGUGCAUUUUUUUUUUCAACCAUCACUGGAUCACCUCAGCUUCAACAGCGCAAAUAGUGACUGGAAACCCUACCAGUGAGCCAGUCCAGGAAGGAAGACAGAGUGCUUUCUCUCCUUUCUGAUGAAACUACUGUGUCUCUGGUAUAGUUCUGAGAUUAAAGGGUUAAACUGCCUACACAAGCAACAUCUGUGAUUUAUUCCACUUUACUAUAUACACAUCUGGACAUAAAAUCUGUGCAUAUGUAUAAGGAUACUCCUGCCUGUGUUUUUUUUUUGUUAGUUUUUAAAACCUCUCGUCAUUUCACUUUAGCUGUGGCGGAUAUUGGAGCAAACCGUAAACCAAGUAUUUAAGCUUUAUGUAGUAGAGUCUCUGUUUUAAUGGCAGGGUAAUUGUGGGAACGAUUUAGGAGCAGUGGGUUGUAAAAUGAAUUUGCACAGCCGCUGGGCAAACACACCAGGGGGGGUCGGGGCGGGCUGAUCUAUACUUGGCAGGCCGGAGGGGUGUCAGCGCCAUUCCUACACGGUGGUGGUGUGGAGGGUGGGGGGUCAGCGUCGGUCUCCAGGAGAAGGGCACCGGUUCAGUCGGGGUCAGGAAAAUCAGGAGUACCUUUCUCCUGUCACGCCACACGCCCAAGCUGUGUGCAUGCUGUUUUUUUACUCUUGUCAGACAGCGCACGCUCCACUCCAGUUGGUCCAAACUGCCUCACCCCUCAGUACGUCUGGACCAAUCGUAGACGAGUGCCUCAGUUUGGCAGCUGAAUCAGAUAUGACAUAAAUAAGACACACAAGCUCACUCCAUGUUUUUUUUUUUCUUUGCAGCUCAUUGCUCUGAUAGCUCAUAGCUUUCUAAAGAUAUGUAGAAAAACACACCAUGCAGUCAAAAGGCGAAGUUCUCACUAUGCAUUUUAAUAUGCAUUGGGUAACAACCUGAAUAAAAUCAAAGCAACCGUGUUUAAGCUAAUACAGGAAGGUUUCUCCCCUCCCUCUGACCAGUCAGUGGACACACAGACCAGCUGGCUUACAGGCUGUAGGGAGUGAAUGUUCUAGCGGUGGCGUGGCGUUUUCAGAUCGCUUGUGGCAAAGGGAACGGUUACUGCUGUAUCACUGUCGCUUUGGGAUUUCUUUGAAUUGCACAGUGUAAAUAAUGAAAUAUUCCUUUUAUUGUUAUUCAGCAUUCUUCUGUUUCGUUUUGUUUUAAUUUUUUUAAAGCGGGCUAU